AAACGAGCUCUCUGAUUGGUUGUUGUCGGUGUCGCUCCCUCGAUGACGUGCUUCCGCCGUCGCUGUACAACACGUGUAUGAUGUAGUUUCGAGCUGAAGGGAAAAUUGGCUAACAAACUUGAGUGUUGGGGCUUAUUUGUGUGGUUUGUAUUUUUUGUCUGUAGAAGGCUGUGCCGAUCAAGCGAUCAAAAUGGUGAAGCCUCGGUUUAAGGGGAAAAGCUCGAUAAACCCCUCGACGUCCAGCAGCAAUCCCGAUCGAAUCAAAGGUGCUGGCGGGAACAACAUGAGGGACCGAGCCACUAUCAAACGUCUGAAUAUGUACAGACAAAAGCAGAGAUGUAACAGCCAUGGCAAAGUCAUUAAACCUUUACAGUACCAGUCCACAGUGGCUCCAGGGACUGUAGCCAGAGUCGAACCAAACAUCAAAUGGUUUGCAAAUACCCGUGUGAUCAAGCAGUCGUCUCUCCAGAAGUUCCAGGAAGAAAUGGGAGCAGUACAAAAGGAUUCGUAUCGUGUGGUGAUGAGACAAAGCAAACUCCCCAUGUCCCUGUUGCAUGACAGAGUCAAAGCCCAUAACUCCAAAGUGCAUAUUCUAGACACGGAGGCUUUUGAGACCACAUUUGGACCCAAGGCUCAAAGGAAAAGGCCCAGUCUCAUUGUGGGGGAUGUGAAAGAUCUUGUAGAGCAGGCUGAGGCCUCAGCUUUGAGCUACAGUGCAGACAAGGACCGAGACCUGAUGACUGAGGACACAGGUGUCCGGGAAGAGGCACGUGAGGAAAUAUUCAAGAAGGGUCAGUCCAAGCGGAUCUGGGGAGAACUUUACAAGGUGAUUGACUCAUCUGAUGUCAUCAUCCAAGUGCUGGAUGCCCGUGAUCCCAUGGGAACACGCUCCAAGAACAUAGAGGCAUAUCUGAAGAAGGAGAAACCCUGGAAACAUCUGAUCUUUGUGCUAAACAAGUGCGACCUCAUCCCCACCUGGGUCACGAAACGCUGGGUAGCAGUUUUGUCCGAAGAGUACCCCACUCUGGCUUUCCACGCCAGCCUUACGAACUCGUUUGGUAAGGGUGCCCUCAUCCAGCUGCUCAGGCAGUUUGGCAAGCUCCACACGGACAAGAAACAGAUAAGCGUGGGUUUCAUUGGCUACCCUAAUGUGGGAAAGAGCUCGGUCAUCAACACGCUGCGGUCUAAGAAGGUCUGCAAUGUGGCACCCCUUGCUGGAGAAACAAAGGUGUGGCAGUACAUUACUUUGAUGAGACGCAUCUUCCUUAUUGACUGCCCUGGUGUUGUCUACCCUUCAGAAGACAGUGAAUCUGAUAUUGUUUUGAAAGGCGUGGUUCAAGUGGAGAAGAUCAAGAACCCAGAUGAGCACAUUGGGGCAGUAUUAGAGCGGGCCAAACCAGAGUACAUUCAGAAGACCUACCACAUCCCUACUUGGAACUCAGCUGAAGACUUCCUUGAGAAGCUGGCAUUUCGCACUGGGAAACUUCUGAAGGGGGGUGAGCCAGAUCUCACCACAGUCUCCAAAAUGGUGUUGAACGAUUGGCAGAGAGGACGUAUCCCAUUCUUUGUGAAACCCCCUGGACCUGAGGGGGUUCCAGAGGACAAGGAACUAUUGCCAAUUGAAGGACCCUCAGAGAUGGUUGAGCAUGUGCAGGAGGAAAACCUAGAUAAUCCAGAGACCAGCUCAGAGGAACAGCAGCAGCGGGAGCAGAGACAAAAGGAGCAGGUCCAGAAGAUUCUGGCUAAUGUGCGACAGAACUUUGGCAAGAUCAACGUGGCACCUGAGUUCAGCGAGGAAGACCUGGUUCCUGUGGAGAUGCCUGACCUGGACAUAUCUGAUUUCUCCAGCUCUGAUGAGGAAGGCAGCGAGGAGAAGGAAGAUGCAGAGUACGAUGGGAACAACAUUGAGCCAGCUAAUGAAGAAACUGAGGUCUGUGAGCCCGUAACGGCUCAAACGGGCAAAGCAAACAGCAACAAGAAUUCACGGGAGGUAAUCCGUGAACUGGAUGAGAAGAUUGCAAAGUACAAGCAUUUUCUGGAUCGGGCCAAAUCCAAACGCUUCUCUGCAAUCCGGAUACCUAAGGCACUGUCUGACAGAGUGUUCACAGACAUCAAGACUAAACAAGCGGCAGCAGCCAAGCAAGCACAAAAGAAUGCUGCAGCCCAAUGCAAGAAGAGGAAAGCUGAGGAGGUCGACAGGUCCAGCCAGCCACACAGACUGACCUCCAAACAGAGAAGAGCAGUAGAUCGCACUAAGAAGACGAAGAAAGUCGGCGUACGCUAUUAUGAAACGCACAAUGUGAAAAAUAAGAAUAGAACAAAGGUCCCAGCAUCUAUCACAGAGGGCCACAAGGCCAAAAGAACGAAGCACUAGGCUAGAAUUAUAACACACAACAUGUAAUAAAUCUUUAAAUUAGCCAGUUAGGCCUUGUUUUUAUUGAAAAUGUAGACUUUGAUAAAAGCUGGAAUGCUAAGUGUUAAGUGGUAGUAAUCCAAUGACCACUUUAUGCCUUGUCUUGACCUGUACUGUCCCUUGGGAAAAUGACUAGCUCACCUUUUUCAACUCUUUUUU